AUAAAGUGCUCCAGGCAGGAUCAAAAGCUAAUAAAAAUCCGUGAAGCGUCCCGGCCGCACCUGCAGGGGGGAAAGGGCGAUGCCCCCCCCCCACUUCUCCGCGUGAUUGGCACCCGGCCCUGCCCGGCCCUCUGCAGCCGCCCACAGGGCAGGGCAGGGCAGGGCAGGAGGAGAUAAAAGUGGCCCUCUGGUUUCCCGGGGGGGGGGUGUGUGACUUCGGAGCUACACCCUGGCCUGAACGAUGGCGUGUCUCAUCCGGCCGGCCUGCAGCAGCGACUGUGACCUGCUCAUGAGCUUCAUCAAGGACAUUGCUGACUAUCACAACUUAUUGCAGGAGGUCACAAUCAGCGCCGAAGAUCUGAAAGCAGACGGCUUUGGCCCAGAUCCCUUCUUCAAGUGUCUAAUGGCUGAAUUGCCCCCGGAAGACCCCUCUAAGCAAGGGCGUCCGAUUGGCUACGCCUUGUACUAUAAGGCCUAUUGCGUCAACCACGGAAAGAAGAUAUAUUUGGAAAAUCUAUACGUGGUGCCGGAAUUUCGCGAUAAAGGAAUCGGAAAGCAGAUGCUGAUCAAACUUGCCGAAAUUGCGCUCGCCGCCGGCUGCACCGGGAUGAAAUUUAGCACCAUGGAAGGGAACCAGCGGGCGAAGAAUUUGUACCUGCGGCUCGGAGCCGAGGACACCACCCAGUCCUUUGACUGGCACUGCAUGGAGUUCAGCCAAGAAGCCUUGCAAAGGCUCGCUCAGGGCGGGCAGGGCUCGUGAGUGCGCCCCAGGCCGACUCGGGGGGGGGGGGAGGAGGAGGAGGAGGAGGAGGAGGAAGGGCACCACUGCCAAGAUCAGAAAACCAGGAUUUCUCAGCCUUAGCAACUUUUAAGAUCUCUGGACUUCAACUCCCAGGAUUCCUCAGCCAGGAUUCACAGACUUCGACUCCCAGAAUUCCUCAGCCAGCAGGACUGGAUUUCAAGUCCCAGAAUUCCCAGCUAGCAUUUGUGGACUUUAAUUCCAAAAUUCCCCAGGUAGCAUGCCUGGAUCAACUCCCAGAAGUCCUCAACCAUCACACCUGGACGUUGAUUCCCAGAAUUCCUCAGGCAUCGUACCUGGAUUUCAACUCCCAGAAUUCCUCAGCCGUCACGCCUGGACUUUGAUUCCCAGAAUU